CUGCAGUCAAAGGAGUCUGAAAAUGAACAGACAGUGUCAUCUAUCGAGUUUGACAUCUGCCCAUUCCAACAUUCACCGGCUCUAAAUAGGUGGGUCACAAAAAAAAGAGGGGUUCAAAAUCCCGAAGCGAGUCUGAAGUAAACACAAGGUUCGUCACCCAAAGUAGUGGUGGCUACCCUACCACUUUUGUAUAUCAGAUUCAAGCAUUUAGGAGAGCUUUAUUACGAAAUGUCUGGCUCCUAAAGACCAGCUUCAUAAACAAUACCUCCAUCAUGCAAAUAUCGGACCAUCGAUUGUUGUUACCCCGCCAUCCCGGACAAAAGACCACAUACAAUGUCAGCAUCAAAAUUUGUGACUUUCGAGAGGAAUGAUAAUGUCAAAAGAUUUUCAGUGCUAUUCUAUAAUGGAAGCAUUUCGAGUCGCCCGUAAUCUGAGGAGAAUUCAGGAAAGAAGGGACACCCGAGAGUGGAGAGCGUUCAUAAUUCUCCAACUCCUUCCAACACUCGUGGACUGUCAACGAACCCGCAGGCAACAAGCAAUUCGCACGAUGGUAGCAGUAGCAAGUCCUCCCCAAACAGGAGGUAUACAGAGCUCCCUCGAAGCAGCUCUCGAAGCUCAGCAAUACCUUCAAUCCCGCCUCUCGACUACCACCGAAGCCCCCUCCUUCCGCUCUAUCCCUCUAAUCGACCUCACUAAAUCCUUCUCCUCUUCCCUGACCGAUAGACAAUCCGUCGCGAAAGAAAUAAACGAAGCGUGUACAAAGGUGGGAUUCUUCUUCAUCACCGGACAUGGAAUACCACAAGGGGUUUGCGACGAUGUGUUGAAGCUGGCAAAGCGCUUCUUCUACGAAUUAUCAGAUGAACAGAAAGAGGCCAUACAUAUGAAGCAGAAUGAUUAUUUUCGCGGUUAUGAGCCAGCGGCUUUCUCGUCGGUCAAUGAUUUCACGAGUAAGGAGACGAAGGAGGCCUUCAAUUGGGGGUAUGAGUCUGGUCUCGAUCCAACCGGAGGGGAUGGGAAAUACGUGGAGCUGGAUGGGAAAGCAGAAAGUGCAGUAAAUCUAUGGCCCAAGGAGUCUGAACUGCCUGGAUUCUAUGAGGGGAUUUCUAAGUACUACGGACAUGUUCUGCAGCUAUCAAGACAUCUCUUCCGACUCUUCGCCUUGUCCCUCGCCCUCCCAGAAGACUACUUCGACCCCAUGAUGACCCAUCCCGGAGGAAUAGCCCGUCUGAUUCGUUACCCACCAAGCACAAACCCCAAGCCCCUCUCAGAACUCAACGAAGACGAAGAGAUCGGUCUCGGCGCACAUUCCGAUUACGAGUGCUUCACCCUCCUCCUGCAGGACUCCAAUCCCGGCCUCGAAGUCCUCAGUCCAGACGGAAGAUGGGUUAGUGCCGAGCCCGUAGAAGGAGCCAUCGUGGUCAACGUUGCGGAUUUCCUGAUGCGGUGGACGAAUGGUGUUUACAAGAGUACGAUUCAUCGGGUGGUGAACAGGACGGAUAAGGAGAGAUAUAGUGUUCCGCUAUUCUUCUCUAUCAACUAUGAUGAGACGGUUGAGACACUACCUUCUUGUGUGAGUGAGGAGAAUCCAUCGAAGUAUCCUCCUAUCACUGCUGGGAAAUAUGUGUUGGAUCGUUUGGCGUUGACGGUCAAGACGGGGAAAUAUUGAGUUGCUAUCUACUCUAUUUAUGCAAUUUUGGCUCAGCGGUUAUGUCUAGACUCCAGAGUUAUUGAUACCACAUCUGAAUAUCCAUGUCGCAUCUUUGAAUCCUUCAUUCUGUCACUCUUGAGUGCUACACAACGACUGAGAAGUGCUGAGUGUCACCAAAUGCUUCCGGUGCAGUACCUUCCGGUUUUACCUCCGUAGGAAGCAGUCCAAGAAUCCACCAGUUACAACGACCUCCCCAAUCUUUACUAUCUCUUCAAACUCCCCUAAUUCCCUGUCCCCUCCAUCAUUUCAUCAUUUUAUCGCCUCCCAAUCGACUCAUCUCCAUCCUGCCACAAAAU